AUGGGAUGUAUGUCCACAAAACCACAAAGAACUUCUUUGAUAAUUAUCAUUGACAGUCCCCCACCUAGUUUGCCUUCCUCUAUGCACAUCAUAGAUCUCCCAUCUAAUCAAGCCUUUUGUCCAGCUGGCAAACUCCAAUAGUUUGAAAAAUAAAAUUAAGCUUUAAUCCUUAGUUCCUAGCCAACAAAUGAGGGGAAGGAAUCUCAAGCACACUGA